AAAAAGGCAUUCAGCCGGCAAGAGUCACUCACACGCUUGGCGUCCCUCUCCUCCAUUUGCCAGCAGCAGGACGUCCAGUUCCCGUUGCGUUUGUUUAAUCUCAGAGGCCUCUUGGACCAGUGCAGGACUUUCAUUUUCUUCUUUUUAGUUUGACGCUUUGAUUUUCCCAGAGGAUUUUUUUUUGUGCCCUGCACCAUGGAGCCCAGCACGGUGGAUUAUAUGUACGAGGACUAUGACGACAACGGGACGGCGUGCGACUUCUCCGAAUGGGAGCCCUCCUACUCCCUCAUCCCGGUCCUCUACAUGCUCAUCUUCAUCCUCGGCUUGUCUGGUAACGGCGUGGUCAUCUUCACCGUCUGGAGGUCCAAAUCCAAGCGCCGGGCUGCAGACGUCUACAUCGGCAACCUGGCGCUGGCUGACCUCACCUUCGUGGUGACCCUUCCGCUGUGGGCCGUGUACACCGCUCUGGGCUACCACUGGCCCUUUGGCGUGGCUCUGUGCAAGAUCAGCAGCUACGUGGUUCUGGUCAACAUGUACGCCAGUGUCUUCUGCCUCACCUGCCUCAGCUUUGACCGCUACCUGGCCAUCGUCCACUCUCUGUCCAGCAGCAGGUUGAGGUCAAGGGCCACCAUGCUGGCGUCCCUCGGUGCCAUAUGGCUGCUGUCCGGACUGCUGGCCCUCCCCACGCUGCUCUUCCGCACCACGGUCAGCGACCAGAACAGCAACCGGACCACUUGCGCCAUGGACUUCAGCCUGGUGACCCUCAACCAGAAGCACGAGUACUUCUGGAUCGCCGGGCUCAGUUUGUCCUCCUCGGCUUUGGGCUUCCUCCUUCCCUUCCUGGCCAUGACCAUCUUCUACUGCUUCAUUGGCUGUACCGUCACACGCCACUUCAACAACCUGCGCAAAGAGGACCAGAAGAAGAAAAGGCUGCUGAAGAUCAUCACCACCCUGGUGGUCGUCUUCGCCAUCUGCUGGACUCCCUUCCACGUCUUGAAGAGCAUGGAUGCCCUGUCCUACCUGAACCUGGCCCCGAACUCCUGCGGCUUCCUGCGCUUCCUGCUUCUAGCUCACCCGUAUGCGACUUGCUUGGCCUACGUCAACAGCUGCCUCAACCCGUUCCUGUACGCUUUCUUUGACCUGCGCUUUCGCUCACAGUGCCUGUGCCUGCUCAACCUGAAGAAGGCCAUGCACGGCCACAUGAGUUCCAUGUCAUCCACGCUGAGUGCUCAGACUCAGAAGUCCGAGAUUCAAUCUCUAGCCACCAAAGUAUAGAGAGGAUGGCCAAAUGUGGAGCAAAGAGGGAGCCGCGGAACAGUCCCAGCUCCAGCUACUGGAACACUUGUAAAAAAACAACAACGUAAUAAUACAGACUUUACAUGUCCGUCUGCUCUGAUAAGAUGAGAAGAUGAACUUUGACGUGCUCCCACUCAUUGUUUUCCAUCAUUUGAAGUGGACUUGGAAGGCAGGAGCCAGCUGGCUGAGCUCCUUUGCUGCUUCGUUCUUCCUCCUUUUCUUUGAAUUGUGAAUCAGUUUACGGGGUAAAAAAAAGAUGAAUGACACUGGAUGAAUUUUAAAGGUGUACAGUUAUUUUCAUACCAUGACAUUGUUUUGUUUUAGAAGCACUUGUACUGAAUGUGUAUGCUGUAUAUAGCCUCCAUUAAAAUGUGUUUUCAAGCUACAGGAGAGAUGAGAUCAUGAGAGAAACGCAAAGGUGUCACAGCUUAAUGAUAAUAGAUUUUGCCGUGGAGACAGGGAGGUGGGGUGGGGGGGGGGGGUGCGUCGUGGCAGAUGGAGGAUGACAAAUGUUGUUGUUGGGGGGGCAGGAAUCGGGUGUUGGGCUGGGUGGAAGGUUGCCUCAACACUAAAGGGGCUCUGUGUAACUGAUGAAUUUUGAUGUGUUAUAUUUUUGCCAUCACUGUUACUAACUACUGUAUUAAAGAUGUGUUCUAUGAAACCAA